GAAUAUGGCCCCAGGGCUUCUGACAACCAGGGAUGAGCCAUGUGUACAACCAUAUGAUGAGUCUUGCAAGUCCUAGUGAACAUCAAACUUGGGGGUGGUCUUGGGGACCCCUCACACCAUCAGGAAGAAAGAAAACACAGGAAAAAUAUAGGCAUUAAUGGCCUUCAGGGAUGUGGCUGUGGCCUUCACCCAGAAGGAGUGGAAGUUACUGAGUCCUGCUCAGAGGACCCUGUACCGGGAUGUAAUGCUGGAGAACUACAGUCACUUGGUAUCACUGGGAAUUGCCUUUUCCAAACCCAGACUCAUCACACAGCUGGAACAAGGGGAGGAGCCCUGGAGAGAGGAGAGCGAAUGUCUUUUGGACCUUUGUCCAGCAGAACCAGGGAUUGAAUGCCAGCCCUAUGGCCAUUCCUGCCCGCUGACCUUCUCCAGCCCACAGUUCCUCGAACAGUAUGUGCUGUGCGGCCACCUUCCUCCGAUCGUCCGCCGCUCAUACGCAGGGAGCCCCAUCCCAACGGAAGCUCGAGCCUGCUCAAGUGAACAAGCAGACGAUGGAGACACAGAAGGGAGACUUCACCUGAGUGGGGUUUCCAGGGUGCUCUUCAGACCCUCUCAGGGUCAGCCGGCAGACUGGGUAGAAGGCAGCAGAGCGGGGCAUCCUGAGGAGGCAGGCCUUUCAGCAUCUGAAGCAGCCACGUGUGGAAAAUACAGACUGGGGCUUGGUACCAAAUCUACCUUCUUGAGCCUCCAAAAGCACCAUGUCUGCCCUGACUGUGGCAGAAGCUUCUGUCAGAAGUCCGACCUCACCAAGCACCAGAGGACACACUCAGGGGAGAAGCCUUACAGCUGUGGGGAGUGUGGGCGAGGUUUUGGCCGCAAAUCCUCCCUCACCAUCCACCAGAGGAAACACUCAGGGGAGAAGCCUUACGUGUGCCGGGAGUGUGGGCGCCACUUCAGGUACACAUCCUCACUCACCAACCACAAAAGGAUACACUCUGGGGAGAGGCCCUUCGAAUGUCAGGAAUGCGGGCGAGGCUUUCGCCAGAAGAUCGCCCUCAUCCUGCAUCAGAGGACACACUUGGAGGAGAAGCCCUUUGUGUGUCCUGAAUGUGGCAGAGGCUUCUGCCAGAAGGCGUCGCUCCUCCAACACCGCAGCUCGCAUUCGGGCGAAAGGCCCUUCUUGUGCCUCGAGUGUGGGCGAGGCUUCAGGCAGCAGGCGCUGCUCCUCAGUCACCAAGUCACACACUCAGGGGAGAAGCCUUAUGUCUGUGCUGAGUGUGGCCACAGCUUUCGCCAGAAGGUCACCCUUGUCAGACACCAGAGGACGCACACGGGGGAGAAGCCUUACCUGUGUCCGGAGUGUGGGCGUGGCUUUAGCCAGAAGGUCUCCCUCCUGGGACACCAGAGGACGCACACAGGGGAGAGGCCUUACCUGUGCCCAGAGUGCGGCCGUGGCUUUGGUCAGAAGGUCACCCUCAUCAGACACCAGAGGACACACACAGGGGAGAGGCCUUACCUGUGCCCAGAGUGUGGGCGCACCUUUGGCUUCAAGUCACUCCUCACCAGACACCAGAGGACGCACUUAGAGGAGGCAGCUGAUGCGUAUGGAGUGUGUGAGCAAGGACUUGGCCAGAAGUCCCACUUCACCUCUGACCCGAGGUCACGCUCGGGGAAGCCAUGUGUGUGCAGUGAGUGUGGACGAGGCUUCGGCUUCAGGUCGGCCCUCAUCAGACACCAGCGCACUCACUCGGGAGAGAAGCCGUAUGUGUGUAGAGAGUGUGGCCGAGGCUUUAGCCAGAAGUCUCACCUUCACAGACACAGGAGGACCAAGUCUGGCCAUCGCCUCCCACCUCCAGGGCUCCUCUCCUGACCUUCUCUUUCCUUAGGAGUGGCAGAAACACCAGGAAAUGUUCCUCAAAUGCAGUGGAGGAAAAAAAUGUGUUCUUUCAGUGAUUGGAAGAUACCUGAUUUAUGGUUUAUUUUCCAUGCUAGCCAUGUUUUAAUUUGCUAGGGCUGCCAUAACAAAACACCACAAACUUGUUGGCUAAAGAACAAUUUUCUCACAGUUCUUGGGACUGAAAUCCAAGAUCAGAGGAUGCACUUUGGUUUCCACUGAAGCCUCGCUCCUCAGCUGGCAGAUGCCUGCAUCCUUACAGUGUCCUCUCCUGCCCUUUGUACGUGCGCUUCUUCUAUGAACCACAGCCUUACUGGGUUAGGGCCCCACUCUAUCACCAAAUAAGGUCACACUUAGGGUUCUGGCUUCAACAUAUGAAUUUGGAACAUUUUGGCCCAUAGGUCAGCUUCCCGAACCCCCAAAACUCAUGUUCUUAACAUGUUGACCAAUUCCAGUAAUGAGUCUGUCCAAAAUCUCAUGUAAAUCAAAUGUGGGUGAGGCAAGGGGUACAUUUCAUCCUGAGGCAAUGUUCCUCUCCAGCCGUGAACCAGACAAGUUACCAGAGAUGUAGAACUGCAUUUCCUUAACACGGGGGAAACAAGAUUGAUGGGUCCUAAGCAGGUCUGUGACCAGCAAGCAAACUCUAUUAGGUUUUAAGGCUUGAGAAUAAUGGCUGGUAGGAUACUUCGCCCUCUAGUCCUGCUGGGGUGGCGGCAGCAGUGCGCAGCGCCCUGAGACCUUGCAGGCGUUCACCCUCCGGGUCCACCAUGGGAAUGGCAGACCAACUGCUUUCUUUCACCGUUGGGGUCACCAUUUCCUCCUCUUGGUGGGUAGCACCACAGAAGUCUGACAGCUGGCCUUUGCUCUGUCCUGUCUGUACCAUUCUUAAUUCAACUGAGCAUCAAAUGACUGUCCAUUGGUGUUCUCUCCAGAGCAGGCUUUCUCAUUUUCACAAUAUGGAUAGGCUAAGAAUUCUCUAAAUCUUCAAGUUGUGGCUUCUGUUUGCUAAACAGUUCCUUCAGUUUACCUCCCUCCUCAUGUAUUUCUAUGAGGAGCAAUGAGAAACAGGUAUACCUUUCAACACCUGCUUAGAAAUACCCUCAGCCAAGCCAUAUAAGAUUUCAACCCUCCACUGAACACUGGAACACAAUCCAUCGAUAUUCUUUGGUGCUUUAUAAUCAGGAUUCCCUUUAGUUUCUAGUAAUGUUCCACAUUUCUGUCUGAGGCCACAGCAGAAUCCCUUCUAAUUCCUCUGUUCCGACCAUAGUCUUCUUGAAGCAACCCUGGCUUUCUCCAGCAAGCACAUCAAAACACUUCCUCUAUCCAUGACCCAGUUCCAAAACCACCUCCGCAGUUUUUCACAUGUAUAACAGCACACCACUCAGUACCAAAACUGUGUUCUUUUGCCAGGGCUGCCGUAACAAAACCAGAGACUGGAAUUCCAAGACCACUUCGACCUACGGAACCUUGCCCACUGGCUGGCAGGUGGUGCCUUCUCAUGUGGCUGUUCCCUUGCAUGUGUGCCAGAGAGCACGUGAGCUCUGGUGUCCCUUACUCCACCCCUACAACAUCAUUUAACUUUCGGUACUUCCUUAGGUCCUGUACUCAAAUACUAUCACAUUAGGAAAGGGCUUCAUCAUGGACUUUUGGGGGAAAAGUCCAUUCAUAACACCUGCCCUCUGGACAUCCCCCAAAUUCCUGCCUGGCCCUCGACCCCUGCCAUAAAUAGGAUCUUUCCUUUCCCAGGAGUGUGAAGCUAGCAGGAAGCACUGGGAAGUGCUGCACUUCCCUAAAGUGGAACGCAAGCAGCAUGCUGGUUCUCUCAGGGGCCAGGGGUAUGUGUGUGUUUGGUGGGGGUGGAGGGGUUGGGGGGGAGCUGGGCAUACCUGCUUUCUAAGCCCUCCUCCACACCCAGGUCUGUUUAAUAAACUGCUUCCGUAUAAAGCUAAA